GGCGGCGGCGGCAGCGGCAGCGGCAGCAGCAGCAGCUCGUCCGAGUCAGCUCUAAAGGAAGGUGGGAACGCCGAGGUCUUAUCCUCCUCCUCUUCCUCCUCCUCCUCCUCUUCGUCUGCCCGGGCCAUGGAGACGGGGCUGCUCCCCAACCACAAACUGAAAAACGUUGGCGAUUCCCCCGCUGCACCUCCCCACCACCAGCAGCACCACCAUCAUGCCCACCACCACCACCACCACCACCAUCCUCACCAUCUCCUCCACCACCAUCAUGCACUACAGCAACAGCUAAAUCAAUUCCAGCAGCAGCAGCAACAACAUCCAAUUUCUAACAACAACAACAGCCUCGUCGUCGUCGGCAGCGGCGGCAGCAACAACGGAGCGGGGGGCAGCGGCGCUGCUGCUGGUGCUGCUGCUGCUGCUGCUGCUGGUGCUUCUGCUCAGCCCAGUCCUGACAUGGAGCCCCAGCAACAUGGAGGAGGCAAAGACGGUGUUUUGGGAAAUCAGGCCGAGACCCAAGCGCAGCAGUUGCUGAGCAAGUCAGGCGAGGAAGAAGAGCUCCCGAAUAAAAUGGGGGAGCAGAUGGGCGGCCGGUACGAGCACCCCAGCCUGGGAGCUUUGGGCGCGCAGCAGCAGCAGCAGCAACAGCAGCAGCAGCAGCAACAGCAACAGCAGCAGCAGCAGCAACAGCAACAGCAGCAGCAGCAGCCGCCCCAAAGCACCGGGAACGGCGGCAGCAGCGGCGGCGGCGGCGGCGGCGGCGGCGGCGGCAAUGGUAGCCUCGGCAGCGGUGGCAGCAGCGGUGGCGGCCCCUCCGCGGCGGUGGGGGUCUCGGAGUUUAAUAAUUACUAUGGCAGCGCUCCCCCUGCGAGCGGCGGCACAGGCAGCCGAGCCGGGCCUUGCUUUGAUCAACAUGGCGGACAACAAAGCCCCGGGAUGGGGAUGAUGCACCCGGCCGCCGCCGCCACAGGGCCCCCCAACAGCAUGGACCCCUUGCAAAACUCCCACGAAGGCUACCCCAACAGCCAGUACAACCAUUAUGCCGGUUACGGCCGGGCCGGCGCGGGAGGCGGAGGAGGAGGCGGUGGCAGUGGCGGCGGCGGUGCUGGAGGAGGAGGAGGAGGAGGAGGAGGAGGAGGUAGUGGAGUAGGAGGAGGAGGAGGAGGAGCAGGAGCGGGAGCAGGAGCAGUGGCGGCGGCGGCGGCCGCAGCGGCGGCAGCAGCAGCAGCAGCGGGAGGCGGCGGCGGCGGCGGCGGCUAUGGGGGCUCGUCCUCGGGCUACGGGGUGCUGAGCUCCCCCCGGCAGCAGGGCAGCAACAUGAUGAUGGGCCCUGGAGGAGGCGGCGGCGGCGGAGGAGGCGGCGGCGGCGGCGGCGGAGGAGGAGGCGGCGGCGGAGCUACUAGCCUGGGCAAGGCUGCCGCUGCUGCCAGCUCUGCCGCGGGAGGUUUUCAGCGCUUUGCCGGGCAGAACCAGCACCCUUCGGGGGCCACGCCGACCCUCAAUCAGCUGCUGACUUCCCCAAGCCCUAUGAUGAGGAGCUACGGCAGCAGUUACCCCGAUUACAGCGGCAACCCUAAUGCCCCAGGCCAGCAGCAGUCCCAGGCGCCGGGAGCGGCGGGGGCAGCUCCAGGAAGCCAGCAGGCAGCAGCGGGCAUGGGCAUGGGCAAAGAUCUGGGCUCCCAGUAUGGAACUGCAAACCCCGGCUGGGCAGCGGCACAACAAAGAAAUCAUCCAGCUAUGAGCCCUGGAAACACUGGACAGACCAUUAACAGAUCCCAGGGCAGUCCAAUGGAUCCAAUGGUAAUGAAGAGACCUCAGUUGUAUGGAAUGGGCAAUAACCCUCAUUCCCAGCCUCAGCAAAGCAGUCCAUACCCAGGGGGGUCAUAUGGUCCCCCUGGGCCACAGCGUUAUCCAAUUGGAAUCCAGGGACGGACCCCAGGUGCCAUGGGAGGAAUGCAAUAUCCACAACAACAGAUGCCGCCUCAGUAUGGUCAGCAAGGUGUGAGUGGUUACUGCCAACAGGGCCAACAACCAUAUUACAACCAGCAACCUCAGCACCUCCCACCCCAGGCACAAUAUCUGUCAACACAGUCCCAGCAGAGGUACCAAACACAGCAGGACAUGUCUCAGGAAGGCUAUGGAACUAGAUCUCAACCUCCUAUGGCACCAGGAAAGCCUAACCAUGAAGACCUGAGCCUAAUACAGCAAGAAAGACCAUCAAGUUUACCAGACUUAUCUGGCUCAAUUGAUGACCUGCCCACAGGAACAGAAGCAACAUUGAGUUCAGCAGUGAGUGCAUCAGGCUCUACUAGCAGCCAAGGGGAUCAGAGCAACCCUGCACAGUCACCCUUCUCUCCUCAUGCUUCCCCCCAUCUUUCCAGUAUACCAGGGGGCCCAUCACCCUCCCCUGUGGGCUCUCCUGUCGGGAGCAACCAGUCAAGAUCGGGCCCAAUUUCUCCUGCGAGUAUUCCAGAACUUGCAGUUGGGUUCCUUUAUGAAUCUACUGAUGGCUGCCAAUGCCUAGGCAGUCAGAUGCCACCUCAGCCUCCUGGUAGCCAAUCUGAAUCCAGUUCCCAUCCAGCCUUGAGCCAGUCACCAAUGCCACAGGAACGAGGUUUUAUGACAGGCACACAAAGGAACCCUCAGAUGUCUCAAUAUGGGCCUCAACAAACUGGACCAUCCAUGUCACCUCAUCCUUCCCCUGGAGGACAGAUACAUCCUGGAAUCAGUAGCUUUCAACAGAGUAACUCUAGUGGGGCUUAUGGUCCUCAGAUGAGCCAAUAUGGACCACAAGGUAACUACUCGAGACCUCCAACAUAUAGUGGAGUGCCCAGUGCAAGCUACAGUGGCCCAGGGCCUGGCAUGGGCAUCAAUGCCAAUAACCAGAUGCAUGGACAAGGGCCAAGCCAGCCAUGUGGGACCAUGCCCCUGGGACGGAUGCCAUCAACGGGGAUGCAGAGCAGGCCAUUUCCUGGAAACAUGAGCAGUAUGACACCCAAUUCUCCUGGCAUGGCUCAGCAAGGAGGGCCCGGAAUGGGCCCCCCAAUGCCAACUGUGAAUCGUAAGGCACAGGAGGCCGCAGCUGCAGUCAUGCAAGCUGCUGCAAACUCAGCUCAAAGCAGGCCACCAUACAUUAGGUCGCCUGCUUAUCCCAGCCAGUCUGGGGCUGGCGGACGUCCCAUGUUUUCUUCCCAGCACCCCAACUAUGGCAACGCUCAGGCUCCCAUGAUGCACCAGCCUGACCAGUACGGGCAAGGCAGUUUUCCUGGCAUGAAUCAGAGUGGACUCAUGGGCUCCAGCUCUCCUUACAGCCAGCCCAUGAACAACAGUUCCAGCCUCAUGAACCCACAAGCCCCUCAGUACAGCAUGACUCCCAACAUGGUGAAUAGUUCAACAGCAUCUAUGGGUCUUGCAGAUAUGAUGUCACCUGGUGAGUCCAAAUUGCCCGUACCUCUCAAAGCAGACAGUAAAGAAGAAGGCGCUCCUCAGCCCGAGAGCAAGUCAAAGGAUAGCUACAGCUCUCAGGGUAUUUCUCAGCCCCCAACCCCAGGCAACCUGCCAGUCCCUUCCCCAAUGUCCCCAAGCUCUGCUAGCAUCUCCUCAUUUCAUGGAGAUGAAAGUGAUAGCAUUAGCAGCCCAGGCUGGCCAAAGACUCCAUCAAGCCCUAAAUCAAGUUCUUCUACAACCACUGGGGAGAAAAUCACAAGAGUCUACGAGCUGGGGAACGAGCCCGAGCGCAAGCUGUGGGUAGACAGAUACCUGACCUUCAUGGAGGAGAGGGGCUCGCCUGUGACCAGUCUGCCAGCCGUGGGCAAAAAGCCCCUGGACCUGUUCAGGCUCUAUGUCUGCGUCAAAGAGAUUGGAGGCUUGGCACAGGUUAAUAAAAACAAAAAGUGGCGCGAGCUGGCCACCAACCUGAAUGUGGGUACUUCUAGCAGUGCAGCCAGCUCCUUGAAAAAGCAGUAUAUUCAGUACCUAUUUGCCUUUGAGUGCAAGAUUGAAAGAGGGGAGGAGCCCCCUCCAGAAGUCUUCAGCACUGGAGAUACUAAGAAACAAGCUAAGAUUCAGCCGCCAUCUCCUGCUAAUUCAGGAUCCUUACAAGGUCCACAGACCCCCCAGUCAACUGGUAGUAACUCCAUGGCAGAAGUUCCAGGCGAUCUGAAGCCUCCCACACCAGCCUCUACCCCUCACGGACAGAUGACACCAAUGCCGGGCGGCAGGAACAGCGCAGUCAGCGUGCAUGACCCCUUCUCGGAUGUGAGUGAUUCCUCAUUCACCAAACGGAACUCUAUGACACCAAAUGCACCAUACCAGCAGGGCAUGAACAUUCCAGACAUGAUGGGAAGGAUGCCCUAUGAACCUAACAAGGACCCUUUUGGUGGAAUGAGAAAAGUGUCUGGAAGCAACGAACCCUUCAUGACCCCAGGACAAAUACCUAAUAGUGGGAUGCAAGAUAUGUAUAACCAAGCCCCAACUGGAGCAAUGUCUAACAUGGGCAUGAGCCAGCGGCAACAGUUUCCCUAUGGAGCCAGUUAUGACAGAAGGCAUGAGCCUUAUGGACAGCAGUAUCCUGGACAAGGGCCUCCCUCAGGACAGCCACCCUAUGGAGGACACCAGCCUGGAAUAUAUCCACAGCAACCGAACUACAAACGUCACAUGGAUGGCAUGUACGGGCCCCCAGCAAAACGCCACGAGGGAGACAUGUACAACGUUCAGUAUGGCAGCCAGCAGCAAGAAAUGUAUAACCAGUACGGCACUACUUACUCCGGCCCAGACAGGAGGCCCAUCCAGGGACAGUAUCCCUACCCUUACAACCGAGAGCGCAUGCAGGGCCCGGGGCAAAUGCAACAACACGGCCUCCCUCCGCAAAUGAUCGGCGGCCCCAUGCCGUCGUCGUCGAGCGAGGGUCCUCAGCAGAACAUGUGGCCGACGCGCAACGAUAUGCCUUAUCCGUACCAGAACAGGCAAGGUCCCGGAGGCCCCGGGCAGGCUCCCCCGUAUCCAGGAAUGAACCGCUCCGACGAAAUGAUGGUCCCUGAUCAGAGGAUAAACCACGAGAGCCAGUGGCCUUCUCACGUCAACCAACGGCAGCCUUACAUGUCCUCUUCAGCCUCCAUGCAGCCCAUCACGCGCCCUCCCCAGUCAUCCUACCAGACGCCACCAUCGAUGCCAAACCACAUCUCCAGGGCCCCGAGCCCAGCAUCGUUCCAGCGCUCCCUAGAGAACCGCAUGUCUCCGAGCAAAUCUCCCUUCCUGCCCUCCAUGAAGAUGCAGAAGGUGAUCCCCAGCGUCCCGGCAUCCCAGGUCACGGGGCCGCCCCCCCAGCCACCCCCCAUCCGAAGAGAGAUCACUUUCCCGCCAGGCUCUGUAGAAGCAUCCCAACCCGUCUUGAAACAAAGACGAAAGAUUACCUCAAAAGAUAUCGUAACUCCUGAGGCAUGGCGUGUGAUGAUGUCCCUUAAAUCGGGCCUCUUGGCUGAAAGUACCUGGGCUUUGGACACGAUUAAUAUCCUCCUCUAUGAUGACAGCACUGUGGCUACUUUCAAUCUCUCUCAGUUAUCUGGAUUUCUUGAGCUUUUAGUAGAGUACUUUAGAAAAUGCCUGAUUGACAUUUUUGGAAUUCUAAUGGAAUAUGAAGUGGGGGAUCCCAGUCAAAAAGCACUUGAUCACAACACAAAUAAGAAAGAGGACAGCCAGUCUUUGGCAGAUGACUCUGGGAAAGAAGAAGAAGACGAAGCUGAAUGUAUCGAUUAUUAUGACGAGGAAGAUGAGGAGGAGGAAGAGGAGGAAGAAGAGGAAAAGACAGGUGGCGCAGAAGACAAGAGCACGGCUUUCGCUUCUCCCGAUGCCAGCGUCGAUCCGAAAGAGAGGCCGAAGCAGGCCAGUAAAUUUGACAAACUGCCAAUAAAGAUAGUAAAGAAGAAUAAUCUGUUUGUGGUCGACCGAUCUGACAAACUAGGCCGUGUUCAGGAAUUCAACAGCGGGCUUCUCCACUGGCAGCUGGGGGGAGGUGACACCACGGAGCAUAUCCAGACUCAUUUUGAGAGCAAGAUGGAAAUUCCUCCCCGUCGGCGGGCACCUCCUGCCCUCAGCUCCCUGGGCAAAAAGAAAGACUCAGAAGGAAGAAGCGACUUCGAGGAGCCCCCGGAGAAAAGCAUCAUAGCGACCAUCGACGACGUCUUGUCCGCUUGGCCGGGAGCGCUGCCCGAAGACGCGAACCCUAGCACCCAGCCCGAAAGCAGUAAGUUUCCCUUUGGCAUCCACGAAGCCAAAAGCCACCGGAAUAUUAAACUGCUGGAGGACGAGCCAAGGAGCCGAGACGAGACUCCACUAUGCACCAUCGCCCACUGGCAGGACUCUUUGGCCAAGCGCUGCAUCUGUGUGUCAAAUAUCGUCCGUAGCUUGUCUUUUGUGCCUGGCAAUGACGCCGAAAUGUCCAAACAUCCAGGCCUGGUGCUGAUCCUGGGGAAGCUGAUUCUUCUUCACCACGAACAUCCCGAGAGAAAACGGGCCCCUCAGACGUACGAGAAAGAAGACGAAGAGGACAAGGGGGUGACCUGCAGCAAGGAUGAGUGGUGGUGGGACUGUCUCGAGGUCUUAAGGGAUAAUACAUUGGUCACAUUAGCCAACAUUUCUGGGCAGCUAGACUUGUCUGCUUACACAGAAAGCAUCUGCUUGCCAAUUUUGGAUGGCUUGCUACACUGGAUGGUGUGCCCAUCCGCCGAGGCGCAGGAUCCCUUUCCCACAGUGGGACCCAACUCAGUGCUGUCGCCUCAAAGACUCGUCCUGGAGACCCUGUGUAAGCUCAGCAUCCAGGACAACAACGUGGACCUUAUCUUGGCCACCCCUCCUUUUAGCCGUCAGGAGAAACUCUACGCUACUUUAGUUAGGUACGUGGGAGACCGCAAAAACCCGGUCUGCCGAGAAAUGUCCAUGGCGCUCUUAUCGAACCUUGCCCAAGGCGACGCGUUAGCCGCCAGGGCGAUAGCUGUGCAGAAAGGAAGCAUCGGAAACUUGAUAAGCUUCCUAGAGGAUGGGGUCACGAUGGCCCAGUACCAGCAGAGCCAGCAUAACCUUAUGCACAUGCAACCUCCACCUCUGGAACCACCUAGCGUAGACAUGAUGUGCAGGGCGGCCAAGGCCUUGCUGGCCAUGGCCAGAGUAGAUGAGAACCGCUCAGAGUUCCUUUUGCACGAGGGCCGUUUGCUGGAUAUCUCAAUAUCAGCUGUCCUGAACUCUCUGGUUGCCUCUGUCAUCUGUGAUGUACUCUUUCAGAUUGGGCAGUUAUGACAUACGUGAGAAGCCAAGCAUGUGUGGGUGAAGAUUAGAGGGUCCCCUAUAACUGGCUAUUUUCUGUUCUUGUUCAUCCAGCGUAGAAAGAAGGAAAAGAAAAUCUUUGCUCCUCUGCCCCAUUCACUAUUUACCAAUUGGGAAUUAAAGAAAUUAAUUUGAACAGUUACAAAAUUAAUAUUUGCUGUCUGUGUAUAAGUACAUCCUUUUAUUUUUUUUUUAACCAAAGUUGCUGUCUAGUCCGUUCAAAAGGUCACUUUUUGUUUUCAUAGAUUUCAGUGUUCUUUUCCAUGUUUGUACUGCAUAUUUUUUUGGGGAAGCAAAUUAGUGACUUAAACAAAAAAGUUGUGGCAAAACAUUAUAUGACAGGAAAACGUCGCCAAUUUGAAACAAAAAGGUGAAAAGCAACAUACCAAGUUCCUGUGUGUCUUAUUUUUUUUUUCAGAAAAGAAAAAAAUACCUGUAUCCCAUCACCCAAACCUCUGUGCAAUAGACACUUCUAGUGAUGUAGGUAUAGGGAUCAAGGAGGUGUGUCAGUCAGUAGUCAAACUAUGAAAUGAUAUCGGUUUCUCCACAGGAGAAUGGUUACAUUAGGCUAGGGGCAAAAACAAUUGUUUGUUUGUUUUUUUAAAGUUAAGAUUGAAAACACAUACCUGAUGACGAUCAACGUAAAUUGCUUCCUCACCACUACUGUCAUGUCUGCUAUCUAUCUAUUGUUUGACCUUCCACAAUGACAGUUCUUCACAAUUCCUUUAAUCAUUUUUUAAAUAUUUUUUUUACUGCCUAAGGGCCGUGAUGUAUAUAGAAGUUGUACAUUGAACAUACCCUCAUUUUUUUUCUUUUUGUUUUCAUUUUCUUUUUUUUUUAGUACAAAGUUUUUAGUUUCUUUUUCAUGAUGUGGUAACUACAAAGUGAUGGUAGAUUUAAAUAAUUUUUUAUUUUUAUUUUAUAUGUUUUUUUUUUCAUUAGGGCCAUAUCUCCAAAAAAACAAAAAACACAAAAACACAAAAACACAAAAAACAAAAAAAAACCGAGGGUAAUGUACAAGUUUCUGUAUGUAUAAAGUCAUGCUCUAUUUCGGGAGAGCAGCCGAUCACAAUUUGCUUCAUGAAUCAAGGUGUGGAAAUGGUUGCGUAUGGAUUGAUUUAGAAAAUGGUUACCAGUACAGGAAAAAAAAAGAAAUAUACAGGAAAAAAAGGAAGAAACACAACUUCAAAGAUUUUUCAGUGAUGAAAAUCCGCAUUUGUAUUUCAAGAUAAUGUAGUUAAAAAAGAAAAAAGAAAAAAAAACUUGAUGUAAAUUCCUCCUUUUCCUCUGGCUUAAUGAAUAUCAUUUAUUCAGUAUAAAAUCUUUAUAUGUUCCACAUGUUAAGAAUAAAUGUACAUUAAAUCUUGUUAA